AUGGCUGAAAUCAAGCUCCUCGAUAUCAUUUCAAGGUUGGGUGACUUUCUACGCAGCUCUGUGGAUGGUUCCGAGACGAGAGUUUUGUUUGACUCAAAUCUAUGGAACAUAAGGAACUAUUUGACCCUGACACCUUUGUAUCUUAUCAUUUCACUGUGGCUUGUCUACAUUACUGGUCUUGCAGUAUAUCGAUUAACAUUAUCUCCCAUUGCCAGGAUACCGGGACCAAAGAUAGCAGCUGUGACAUUUUGGUAUGAGAUCUAUUACGAUAUUUGGCUUGGAGGGACAUAUUACCAAAAGAUCGACGAGAUGCAUAAAAAAUAUGGGCCUAUUGUGCGCACCAAUCCUUACGAAGUUCACUUGAACGAUCCAUAUUUUAUAGAUUCGGUCUUCCCUGGACCUGGGAGACAGACUGACAAGUACUUUUUUACUGGUAGAAGAACAGGAAUUGCAAUAAUCGAUCAUGAUAUGCACCGCAAAAGACGCAACAAAAUCACCAAUUUCUUUUCAAAUGCUAGUAUUCGAAGACUAGAGCCUGUCAUGAAGGAAUACAUCAAUACGCUUCUAUCUAGAAUGCAAGUUGCUGGGACGACGGAGCAAGUCUUACCAAUGCAUUUUUUGUUCCGGACUUGUACCAGCGAUCUUAUUACGCAGUAUGCUUUUGGAGAAUCUUUCCAUUUUCCAGAGCAGGAAGACUUUUCCAUGCCCUAUAUGGAAUCUACCGAUGUUUUCUUUAAACUCAAUCAUACUUUCUGUCACUUUCCCUGGGUUGGUACAUUGCUCGCAUCGGCACCACCUUGGGCUAUCGAAACCUUUAUCCCAUCUCUAACCGAAAUGUGGGAUAAAGCGGCGAUGUGGAUAGAGCGUGUCGAUGAAGUUAGAAAUUCUCCAAACCCUGAAAAAAUCAAGACCACUAUUUUUGAAGGCGUAUUAAGUAGUAAACUUCCUGAUGAGGAGAAGACCAAUCUUAGGCUAGCCCAUGAAGCUCAGUUAGUUGUAUUUGCAGGAGAAGGUACAACGGCGUAUACGCUUCAGUCUGCUCUCUUUCAGCUACUCACCAAUCCCAAGGAAUUCAAGAAGGUCAAGGAGGAGAUACUUGCGGCUAUUCCAAACUCAUAUAGCCUUCCAUCUUUCUCUGAGGUAGAAAGCCUGCAAUACCUGAACGCAGUGAUUCAAGAGACAAUUCGUAUUCGCCCCGGCGUUGUCUCACGCUUGCCACGAGUCUCUCCCAAGACUCCAACUUUGUACCAUGACAAGAAGAAUGACAAGGAGUAUGUCAUUCCAGCCGGUACUUCGAUGAAUAUGACGCCUCAAAUCGCACAUAUGAAUGCAGAUGUUUUUGAGGAUCCAUAUGAGUUCCGUCCACAGAGGUGGAUUGACAACCCGAGACUUGACAAAGCCUUUAUUGGCUUUGCUCGAGUUCUUGCGACUAUUAUUCAGAAGUAUGACAUCUAUCGCGGACAAGACGGACCGACGUUGGAAUUGUUUGACACAAUCCGUGAAAGAGACAUUGACUUGAAUCACGAUUAUAUUAUACUUUUUCCCGCCAAAGGUAGCCCAGGUCUACGAGUUAGGAUAAGAAAUUGA